GCUCCUUGACGAUUUAAGCAUUUCAAGCCGGUUUUAGUGAACAUAUAUGAGAAUUUAUAAUGAGAAAUAUAUCAAUUUAGUGGCUUUUACGAUUUUCACCGAUUAUUCAGAUCGAAGCGUUAAUCUGUGUUUCACACGUGUGGCAUGCCGUCUGUAACGCUGAAGGACGUCGAUCAGCAAAAAUUUGUGAAGGCUUUCGCAGCCUUUCUCAAAAAAACUGGCAAGAUGCGCGUGCCAGAGUGGGUGGAUAUUGUGAAGACGGCUAAAUUCAAGGAACUCGCUCCUUACGAUCCCGACUGGUACUACAUCAGAUGUGCGGCCCUGGUGCGUCACAUCUACAUUCGCAGCCCAAUCGGAGUCGGCGCCGUUACCAAGAUCUUUGGCGGACGCAAACGCAAUGGCACCCACCCCAGCCACUUCUGCCGGUCGUCGAGUGGUGUCGCGCGCAAGGCGCUCCAAAGCUUGGAGCAGCUGAAGCUGAUCGAGAAGGCACCCCUUGGAGGACGCAAAUUGACCAGCCAAGGACGCAGGGACUUGGAUCGAAUCGCCGCGCAAGUUAAGGCUAAGAGCAAAAAACAGCUUAAGCUGCAGGAAAUUAUUAUGUAAUAUUCUUUUAUGUUUCUGUAAUAAAAAAACACAUUUAAACAUUUGAAUUAAACACUUUGAAUUGUA